AUGCCGCUCGAGAUCGCGAGCGAGUUCGGCUGCGUCGUCGCCGCCGUCGGCGCGUGCUUCGUGCCGCUCGUCUACGGCGCGGUGCGCGUCGCGCGCGCGCGGAAGGCGCACGGCGUCGAGUACCCCGACCUGUACGCCCCGCCGGGACACGAAAAGAAGAAACAGUUCGACUGCGUGCAGCGCGGACACCAGAACACGCUGGAGAACUACGCGCCGGUGAUCGCGAUGGGGACGGCGAGCGGACUGGCGUACCCGCGGGCGUCGGCGAUCCUGCUCUGCGUGUGGGCGGUCGGUCGCGUGGAGUACAUUCGCGGGUACGCCACGGGAGACCCGGCGAAGCGACGGCUCGGGGGACUCGUGUCGCACCUGGCGGACGUGCCGCUGUUCUUCAUGACGUUUUUCGCGGCGAAGAAGAUCUUGGACGCGUGA